AUGGUGCACAGCCGCUGUGUCCAGGAUGGGCCAUUCAAGAGUCACAUUGUUAGCAUGCAUGGGAGCAGUACCGAGUACACUCCUGCCUGUUUGAAGCGAGACUUUGCUCCCCAGCUUUGCAUCGACAAAUUGAAUCAAGCGGCUGUAGACCGUACGAUGGAAGCUUCCAAGUUUUUCGAGUUUGACCGUCGAGUCCAGGGCGCCAUUGACAUCGAGGGCCUGACUUAUCACGGAGGAGGUCAUGUGGGCAUUGGAGCUGAGCUCGGAGAUGUCGGUAUAUCUCAGCACUGGGCUGGCAAGAGAUUUCCUUUCUGA